AUGUCUCAAUUUGUUGAACUUCCACUUGAACUUCUCAACUUGAAGCCAUCAGAUGAAACUAUAUUUAUCGAUAAAGUUGGUGAAAGUGUACCCUUAACAACGUGGAAAAAUUUGUGUAAUCCGCCAACGGAUGGUGAAAAGCCAACGGAGGAUGAGGAAGAGGAUGAUUGGCAAAACUACUGCACAA